UCUUCAUUUCUCAGGGGGCGCUCACUUCUUCAUUACAGAGUCCCUCAUUUGAAUCAUCUCUCCAUAAUCUUUGUUGCCUAACUCUAGCUUUUAAGAAUUAACAAUGGAGAACAACAACAACAGCAGUCAAGAAAUAAAGGUUCAGGGCUCUGAAAUAAUCUUCCGCUCCAGGCUUCCUGAUAUCUUCAUCCCCAAGAAUCUUCCUCUGCAUUCAUACAUCUUCCAAAACAUCUCCAACUACGCUUCCAAACCUUGCUUGAUCAAUGGCGCCACGGGGGACAUUCUAACAUACCAAGAAGUUGAGAUCACUUCGCGCAGAGUUGCCUCAGGACUCAACAAGUUUGGUAUUCAACAAGGCGAGGUUAUCAUGAUCUUACUCCAUAACUGUCCUCAGUUUGUUCUCUCUUUUCUCGGAGCUUCGUUCCGCGGCGCCAUUGCUACUGCUGCGAAUCCUUUGUUUACGUCUGCAGAGAUAGCUAAGCAAGCCAAGGCCUCAAAUACUAAGAUCAUAAUUACACAUGCUGCUUACGUAGACAAACUCAAAGAUUUGGCUGCUGAUCAUCAUAUGAAAAUUUUCUGUAUAGACUCAGCUCCUGAAGGGUGUUUUCAUUUCUCUGAGUUAGCUCAGGCCGACGAGAAUGACUUGCCGGAGGUUGAUAUUGCCCCGGAAGACGCUGUGGCUCUGCCGUACUCGUCGGGCACGACAGGUUUGCCGAAAGGAGUGCUGUUAACGCAUAAAGGAUUGGUUACUAGUGUAGCUCAACAAGUUGACGGAGAGAAUCCGAAUUUGUAUUUUCAUAGCGAAGAUGUGAUCUUGUGCGUUUUGCCGAUGUUUCAUAUUUAUGCAUUGAAUUCAAUAAUGUUGGGUGGACUGAGAGUUGGAGGUGCCAUUUUGAUUAUGCCCAAGUUUGAUAUCAAUCUGCUGUUGCAGUUGAUAGAGAAAUAUAAGGUGAGUGUUGCUCCGAUUGUCCCGCCGAUUGUUUUGGCCAUCGCUAAGUCGCCGGAAACCGAUAACUAUGAUUUAUCGUCCAUAAGAAUGUUGAAAUCUGGAGCGGCACCUCUUGGUAAGGAGCUUGAAGAUACUGUUCGGGCUAAGUUUCCUAAAGCUGUGCUUGGUCAGGGAUAUGGGAUGACAGAGGCUGGACCAGUGCUAGCUAUGUGCUUGGCAUUUGCAAAAGAACCAUUUGACAUAAAAGCAGGCGCAUGCGGUACUGUCGUCAGGAAUGCCGAGAUGAAGAUUGUCGAUCCUGAAACUGGUGACUCUUUACCAAGAAACAAGCCUGGAGAAAUUUGCAUUCGUGGAGAUCAAAUCAUGAAAGGAUAUCUGAAUGACCCUGAGGCAACAGCAAGAACUAUAGACAAACAGGGAUGGUUACACACAGGGGAUAUUGGGUACAUUGAUGAUGAUGAUGAGCUCUUCAUUGUUGAUAGAUUGAAGGAAUUGAUUAAGUAUAAAGGGUAUCAGGUUGCUCCUGCAGAGCUUGAGGCAAUGUUGCUGGCUCAUCCUGACAUUUCUGAUGCUGCUGUUGUUGGAAUGAAAGAUGAUAGUGCUGGAGAAGUGCCGGUUGCAUUUGUAGUUAGAUCCGACAAGUCCGAUAUCACAGAGGACGACAUCAAGAAGUACAUUUCCAAACAGGUGGUGUUUUACAAAAGAUUAAAUCGCGUGUUCUUCACAGAAGCAAUUCCAAAGGCACCAUCUGGAAAAAUAUUAAGGAAAAACCUGAGGGAGAAAUUGGGAGCUGGAAUUCAAUAAACAUCAGCUUGUCUUACUAUUUACUAUAAACUUAUGCUGAGACUAGUACAGAAUGUUGAUCAUAAAUAAUAGUAUAUAUACUCUAGAUAAAUGCUAUGCUUGUGCAAGCAAAUACAAGCAUAUAUUUAUGUAUGUUCCUUCUUUUAUAACUUUGAGGAUGAAAUUUCUCUUAUUGGCUUGUCA